AUGGCGUCUUCUUGGUUCGAAAAAUGGACUCACCCCAAGGGAUCCCUUGUGAUCGUGACUGGAGCGGGCUCCGGAAUCGGAAUGGCGACCGCCUUGGUGGCUGCUGCGCAGGGUUAUCACGUUGCAUGCUGGGAUAUCUCAGAGCAGGGCGUGCUCAAAACCAAGGAACAGGCGGGGGAACUGGCGGGUCAGAUCCAUCCUAUCAUUUGCGACAUCGCCAACGAAGCCGCUGUGAAAAAGGCAAUGGAGGAGACCGUCGCAAUCGGCAAGCCUCACAUGCUGGUCAACAAUGCCGGUCCUGUUGCCGUUGGUCAAAAUAGUGCCUUUAUGGGAAAGAUGAUGGAAGCAAUGGCCAUGAUUGACCAUAUUACAAGAGCAUUCAUUGAGACGAAACCCGCAGCUGGCGCCAGUAUAGUGAACAUUUCAUCUGUUGUGGGUGCUGUGUUUGGCGGUGGUGGGACUUGGUACUCGACAGCAAAGGCUGGCAUUGUCGGCUAUACCAAGAAUUUGGCCUGUGAGCAAAAGGGCCAUAUUCGUGUGAACUGUGUGGCUCCCGGAGGCCCGAUCCGAACCCCUCGCAACGAAAAAUUCCUUGAGUCUGGGCUUUUUGCUAAGCACCUGGACCGCAACCCCUCGGGUCGACCUGGAACUGCUGAGGAGCUGGCCAAUGGCGUGAUCUUCUUACUCUCUCCUGCCGCAAGCUAUAUCAAUGGCCACACCCUAGUCAUUGAUGGAGGCUUGAGCAUUGCAGAGUAG